AUGUCAGCAGUUACAAAAAGACCCCCUGUGACUCCAGGACCUGCUCGCAGAACAUCAUCAGAUACUUCAAGUAUCAGUUCUCCAUCAAGAACUGCAACACGUUCACCAACAAAAGACUCUUCACCUGCUACAAACGGAGCACACGCACGAACUCGUUCAAUACGCGGUGGGAACGUAAUAUCCGCACGAUCUGCCAUGCAACGACCAGGCACUGGUACUUCCAACCUCAGUACAACUAGUGUGUCAUCUGUAGCAGAUGAUGAGGCCAGGGCUGAGAGUGUUGCUCUUUUGGAUGAUUUGAAAGAGAGGCUUCGUAAGACUGAAACUAUAUCGGAGCAAUUUCAGAAACAAGCUCAAGUUCUUCAAUCAAGGUUGGAUGAAGCUUUACAAGAUCAAGGGAAGUUGGAGGAUCGUCUACAUGAGAACGAAGAGAAAUUAGAGACUUUACAAAAAUGA